AUGUCAACUGAAAAGAAACAGAAGGUGACAACCGACCUCAGAGUUUUCCUUCGUUCUGAGAGAGCCAAGGUUCCUACCAGAGGUUCCGUUUUGGCUGCAGGCUAUGACCUCUACUCCGCAGAAGAAGCCGUGAUCCCAGCUCAGGGUCAGGGUCUCGUCGCUACCGAUAUCUCUGUGAUUGUGCCAGAGGGCACUUACGGCAGAGUGGCCCCAAGAUCUGGUUUGGCAGUGAAGCAUGGUAUCUCUACCGGUGCUGGUGUUAUUGAUGCUGACUACAGAGGUGAGGUUAAGGUUGUGCUCUUCAACCACUCUCAAAAGGACUUUGAGAUCAAGGCCGGUGACCGUAUCGCCCAAUUGGUUUUGGAGCGUAUCGUGAAUGCUGAAAUCGCUGUUAUCUCCAAGGAGGAGUUGGAUAACACCGACAGAGGCGAGGGUGGUUUCGGAUCUACCGGCCACAACUAA